CUCGUCCUCCUGCGGGAGGCGGAGUUUCAGCAGUCUCUGUAGCUGAGAGUAGGCGAAGGGAGUCGGCGGAACAGUCUUUGUUUUAAAGGUUUGUCCAACGAGGGGAAGAAACAACCGUAUAUUCUUCAGCUCACACACCCGAACGCCUUAAAAAACAGCACACAGACCCUCGCUGAUCUGCCAGGAUGGGAGAGUACGAUGAGAAGAAGGAGACCUGUGGAACGAUCUGCCUGAAGUACCUGCUCUUCAGCUUCAACUUCUUCUUCUGGCUGGCAGGGGGCGCUGUAAUGGCAGUGGGGGUUUGGACCCUGGUUGAGAAGAGUGAUUACAUCAGCCUGCUGUCCUCCGGCAUCUACGCUGCCACCGCCUACAUCCUGGUCAUCGCCGGGGCCAUCGUCAUGGUGACCGGAAUCCUGGGCUGCUGUGCCACCUUCAAGGAACAGAGGCAGCUUCUCCGAGUGUACUUCGUGCUGCUCCUGUGCAUCUUCCUGCUGGAGAUUCUGGCCGGGAUCCUGGCGUACAUCUACUACCAGCAGCUGAACGAUGAGCUGAAACAAAACCUGAGAGAGACCAUGACCAGCAAAUACAAACGAGUAGGAGAGGAGAGAGUGACCGAGGCUGUGAACAAGCUGCAGCAGGAGUUCAAGUGCUGUGGCAGUAAUAACUCCCGAGACUGGCAGGACAGUGAGUGGGUGAGGACCCCCGAGGCGGAGGGCCGCAAAGUGCCGGACAGCUGCUGCAAGACCAUCACCCCCCAGUGCGGCAAGCGAGACCACCCCUCCAACAUCUACAAGGUGGAGGGCGGCUGCAUCACAAAGCUGGAGAAUUUCAUCCUGGAACACCUGCGGAUAAUCGGAGCGGUGGGCAUCGGGAUCGCCUGCGUGCAGAUCAUCGGGAUGAUCUUCACAUGCUGUCUCUACCGGAGCCUCAAGUCCGAGCCCUAUUAACUGGCGGUGGGUAGUGCUGAAUCUUUCUCAUCUCUCUUUCACACCACUAACGGGCUCCAAGAUCAACAAACUGGGACCCCCAAGCUGACUGCCAAGAUCCCCCCCCCCCCCCCCACCUAACAAACUCAAGCAAGCUCUACACCAACACUCAACCCUCCCUAGCACUGGAAGAAAGCAAACCCUGAGCUGGGAAUAAACGCAGGCAUUGCAGAGUCUCCUUUCAUCAUCCACUCUCCUGUCUGUGAGAGGGAAGGGCAGCUGGGUGCAGCGAGAAUAAAAACCAGCCUGGGGAACACAGCACUCCCCUUCCUGUAUAGUUCUUGAAGCCAAAUAUGUAAAAAAAAAAAUUAAAAAUCCGAGAAUAAUUUGCCAAUUUAACAAAAAAGGGCAGUUUAUUUUUCUGUUUUGUGCCUUUUUCUCUUAUUUUAAGUUUUUUUUAACUGAUCAACGCUUUCAUAAUAUGAAAUAUACAUUAUUAUUCUUAUAUUUUCUAGCAUCUUGUACACAUUGUAAGCAUAGAUUGAAAGCUGGUAGAAAGAAUUUCAGAGACAGAAAAAAACCUUUCACUGUUUGACUGGAAAUAAUGAUUAUUUUAAGGUUUGUAUUGUGUAGUCUAGUUUGAAAACAAUAAAUAAUUUAAACACA